AUGACCCUUCCUCUCUAUUUUCAGCAACAUUACCUAUACUCACAUCAACGGCUCCAUGUCCAAUCCCUGGUGCUGUGUAUCCUUACAUUCUUGAUGUUUGUGCGCCUAGGUCCGACCGCUUCACCAAUUUAUCCAUCUAAUCUAGUAACGCGUCGGGAGCUACAUAGAGGGUCAAGUCAUUACAACGACAGGACUGUUGUAAUUUGUGUUUCAAUAAACAUGUGGGAAAAACGGGGGAAGGGAAGAGAAGAGGAAAAAUACAAAUGUUCAGUGCAUGGUAACAUGGACCUCAAGGCACAAAUCAGCCUACAGCUUGCCUUAAACCUUGCCCUGACUUUGGAGGAUCGCAUAAAGCUAGAAGCCUCUAAGCAAGAAAGGAUAAGCAAUAUGAACACACCAUUGUAUAUAAAUUCCCAUGCCAAAUUAACGUGGAGUAAACUAAACAGCCGAACGGUUCAAGGGCAAUAUGAUUGGUACUGCACAGCAAGGGUCGCAACGUAUUUUCACUUCAAAAUUGCUUAUGAGUAG